AUGUCCGCCGAGUCCACGCGCCCCCAACUGUUGCCCCAGAAUCGCAAACUCCGUCAUCUUCGAGGCAUCUCGCUGAGAAACCUCGCCUUUACACGACCGCGCGGCCGAACCAUUGACGAUGCUGCUCUUAACAAGAGCCCUGCCAAGCUCGAGUCCCUGCGAAAUUCACCCCAGAUACACCAUGCCCUCUCUUCGGAACAGCUACGACCGGGUCCAGGGCGGCGGAGGAGCACCAACCUUGUUGGUGCCAGUCCAGUGACGAGGCAGAAACGAAUCGAGGAUACAUUCGACAGCAAGCUGGCCGACGCAUUCUUCUCCCUCCAUGUCGAAGGAGAGGAAGAGCCCGUCUAUAUCAGCGAGGUUGCCGAGAGGGCUACAAAUUUUAACUUUAGCUUAUUCGAACUGUCUGAGCUGGACUCGACCAUUACCCAGACCCCGAGAGUCACCAUCAAGAUAUGGACCAACAGACACGAUACAUGGAGCUUGCUGCUGGAGGACGAUGUCGACCUGAGGGCGCUCAACUGGUUGGGCACCAUGCAGAAUGUGCACUUCCCACCGAACAGCCUGGUCUUCCACAUGGUUGACGGCAUCUACUCGCUCGAACUCUUCAACAAAUACCCCCCACCAAAGAAGAUGCCCCCGACACCCACGUCGUCUUACAAUGCCCUCAUGCGCCUAGCAACACUUGACAAUUCGAUUCAAGACGCUCUAGCCACCCGCGAGUCACUCACUCGGCAGAUUAACGACCUCCUGGCCAAAGAGACCCCCAACCAAGUCCCCGUAGCCCAAGACUCUCUCGCCCUCGCCGAGAAAUAUCUAGCGGUGCAGAAACGCACCGUUGAAGCCUCCAAAACGCGCAACCAAGAGCUUCGCGCCUCAAUCGAAGCCCGGCGGUCCGCCAUUGCUGAAGGCAGGGCCCUCCAAGAAAGGGCCGAGACCGACGUUAACAACGCCACCGAGAAGCUUGCUCACUCCAAGACACUCCUUGCCAGAACAAAAGAGCAAAUUCACGGCCAGCGCCGGCGCAUUUGCGAAGACCUUGACAGGAUCUGGCGCAUCAACUCUGUCUCCACUCCUGGGACACCUCCCUUAACAUUUACCAUCUGCGAUUUGCCGCUCCCCAACACGAUUUACGACGACGCACUCCUCAAAGGAACUGGAAGCGAUACCCUCAGCGCUGCGCUGGGGUAUGUAGCCCAGCUGACAGACAACCUGCAGUGUUACCUGGGUGUUCCACUGCCUUAUCCCAUCCGGCCAUACGGGUCUCGGUCAACCAUCCGGGAUGAGAUUUCGCAACUACCAGACACACAACGAGAUUUCCCGCUCUAUGUUCCUAGGGGAGGGUCAAGCGCGCAAUACCGUUUCGACUAUGGGUGGUUUCUACUCAACAAGGAUAUCGAGACGUUGUGUGUCAGCCAGGGGUUGAAGGUUGUGGACAUCAGGCACACGCUACCGAACCUGAAGUAUCUGCUGUAUGUCUGCAGCGCGGGGACGGACGAGAUACCGGACCGGAAGAGAGGCGGGGUGAGGGGGUUGUGGGCGGGACGGUAUAGGAACUUGACGGUGGCGGGGAUGACAGCAGAUGAUGAGGCGAGUAGCUUUGGAGGGAGUAGGAGGGGCAGCGAUGCUAGCAGUGUCGUUGGUGGUAUUGGGCAGAGGAGGGGCGAGGAUCUGAGGGGGAGGAUUAUCGGCGGCAGUACCGGGAACGGGGGUGUGGCUGGGUUUGAGGAAGCGGAGGUCAAGAUGACGUUGCGGACGAAAGGGAUGAGGGAGAGUGUUGCGCAGUAG